GAAAGACCCCCUGGCAGUUGAACGGACGAAUCUAUUGAACAUGGCUAAAUUGAGCAUAAAGGGGCUCAUUGAAUCUGCUCUGAGCUUUGGACGAACUCUUGAUUCCGAUUAUCCACCUCUUCAGCAGUUUUUUGUCGUCAUGGAACACUGCCUGAAACACGGUCUCAAAGUAAAAAAAUCUUUUCUGAGUUACAAUAAAACAAUAUGGGGCCCUCUGGAACUUGUAGAGAAAUUGUACCCAGAAGCUGAGGAAAUUGCUGCUAGUGUUAGAGAUUUACCUGGUCUCAAGACUUCAUUGGGACGUGCUCGGGCUUGGUUGCGCUUGGCACUUAUGCAAAAAAAGAUGGCUGACUAUCUACGAUGUCUCAUCCUUCGGAAGGAUCUCCUCGGUGAAUUUUAUGAAUAUCAUGCACUGAUGAUGGAAGAAGAAGGAGCAGUGAUUGUCGGAUUGCUUGUUGGGUUAAAUGUAAUUGAUGCAAACCUGUGCAUAAAAGGAGAAGAUUUGGAUUCACAAGUUGGCGUGAUUGAUUUCUCCAUGUAUCUAAAGAAUGAAGAUGACACUGAAGAUAAAGAAAGAAAUGACCAUAUUGCUGCAAUAUUAGAUCAGAAGAAUUAUGUUGAAGAAUUAAACCGGCAGUUGAAUAGUACAGUCAGCAGCCUCCAUACACGCGUUGAUUCACUAGAGAAGUCAAACACUAAAUUAAUUGAAGAGUUGGCAAUAGCUAAAAACAACAUAAUUAAACUUCAGGAAGAAAACCAUCACUUAAGAAGUGAAAACACACUCAUUUUAAUGAAAACACAGCAUCGUCUAGAGAUUAAUAAAGUAGAUGCCGAAGCAGAACUUCAGACAUAUAAACACUCCAGACAAAGCCUGGAUGAAAUGUAUAAUGAAGCACAUAGGCAACUUCGAGAAGAAUCACAGUUAAGACAAGAUAUAGAGAAUGAAUUGAUGGUCCAGGUUGGUAUGAAGCAUGAGAUAGAACUUGCGAUGAAGUUACUGGAGAAAGAUAUACAUGAAAAACAAGACACUCUUAUAAGUCUGCGGCAACAGCUGGAGGAAGUCAAAGCGAUAAAUGCAGAAAUGUAUCAAAAAUUACAGUUUUCAGAUGAUGCCAUGAAAGAAAAGAAUGAAAUAAUUGGUCGCCUGGAGGAUAAAACCAGUGAGAUUACUGCAACUAUGAAGCAUCUGGAGCAAAGAUUGCAGCAAGCAGAGAAGGCUCACAUGGAGGCAGACAGUGAGGACAAGAAAUUUAAACAAGAUUAUAUGAGUAAAUCUGAAAGUCUCCAGAAAGAAAUUGCCCAAAAGGAAAACCAAGUGUGUCAAUUGGAGACAGAUUUGAAAAUAGAGAGAGAAUGGAGACAAACCAUGGAAGAGGACCUUAAAAAGGAAAAAGAAACAACAUGUUUUCUAAAAACAGAGACUCAGCAAAUCAUUACCCUUAAAAAAGAAUUCCUAAAAUUACAGGGAAAAAACAAGCAGCUGAGAAAUCUAUGUCAUGAUCAAGAAGAAGCUCUCCAAGAACUAGCUGGCAAACUUAGCGAAUCAAAGCUUAAAAUAGAAGAUAUAAAAGAAGCAAACAAAACGCUUCAGGGUCUGGUCUGGCUGAAGGACAAAGAAGCUACUCACUGCAAAUUAUGUGAAAAAGAAUUUUCUCUUUCCAAGAGGAAGCAUCAUUGUAGAAACUGUGGUGAAAUUUUCUGCAAUGCCUGCUCUGACAACGAGCUGCCUUUGCCAUCUUCACCAAAGCCUGUGCGCGUCUGUGAUUCCUGUCAUGCGCUGCUCAUACAGAGGUGUUCUUCCAAUGUGCCCUAAGUCAUCUACAGAAAAGUUAUAAAAUGUUCACUAUGAGGCUGAGUGCUGUUGUGUUGGCUACUUGUAUAUUCCUGCAACUCCAGCUUAAUGCCAUUAACUUGUCAAAAUAAUGGAAACCCUUGUUCCUAAGUCUUUGUGCCAUUGUUCUUGCGAUGCCAGAAUCAAAGUCUUGUUUUGUGUGGUUGUGCUGAGGCAAUGAUUGAAAUGCAUCUGCUUUGCAAGUUACUGUAUCAUCCAUCUGUAGGGAUGGAGGCAGAAAUGUUCUGCUUCUGUUUUAUCAUGCCAGUGGACUAUUCCAGUAUAUAGUACAGAAUUGUGCAACUUGACCUGGUAACUGAAAGCCUAAGCUGACAACAGGGAAGCCGAGAAGCUGAAACUGAAGAGGAGCGGGAUAAAGUUACAUGUCAAACUACACAUACUUGUGUAGUUUGGUGUCCUCCCUGACCCUUCCCUCUGAAAAAGCUUUGUCGCUUCUGUAUGGGCAAACUUAACUAGGCAAAUUAUAAACAAAUGGCUCCAAAUAAUAUAAUUGUUCUGGUGGCAGAACUGGGUUAUUUUCUUGUGUAUUUGUGUGCAGUUCUUUCAAAUACAAGUGGGCCUCUGAUUCCAGCUUCUGCAGGUUUAAAUUGAAUAGGUAGGAGGUAGAGGAUCUAAUUUAGCAAAAUGGAAGGCUUUGCCUCUCAUGGGGAGAUUCACGUUCUGGAUCCACCUAGAACAGAGAUCAGUCAGGGCUGAGAGGUUUCCUCUCGGAGGCUCAGAUGAGAAAGGAUAGGGAGAGAAGGGUAUCUUGUGGGGCUAAACCUCUGGAAUCAAAUUCCAUUGUGAACUUCCCCAAGUGGCUGAAAUGCAGUAGUUACAACAGUUGAAAAAUAACCCUUCAUAUUCCGAGGAAGGGUAGCAGGCACGCUUGAGGGAUGACUCUUUCCUAUACAGUAGUUGUCACAGACAAGUGAUGCCACCUAACGAGAUUGCCAGAGAAACAACUUUAGAUGAGUUCUCCACAUAUUGUAUACGAUUGGUGGGGGUAGAGUGUGUAAAAAGAAUGUAUCUUAAAAAUUGUCUUCAAGUACUUAUUUUAGAAACAAGCCUAGUUGGACUUUUUAUAUAGUAGAGCUUUUAUAUGUAUGCACAAGCUUGCACUUCUUUCCAAUGUAAACUUAUCUGAAAUUAUCUAUAAAGGACAUAGAAAUGUACUUACAAACUGUAGCAGACUAUCAAAUGAACUUUUAACAGAGCAGGUUGGGAUAGUACUGCUUGUGCCAUUUUAUUUACCUUGUAGGAGUAGUAAAAAAAAAGAUUCCUUAUUUAAGUCAACUUUUUUGAAAACUGCUAUCUGAUUAAUAAUUUUAUCUGAAAAGUGGAGGAUGUAGUAAGAAGGAACGGUAGUCUUGUUGCUCUGCUGAUAGGUUGUUUCUAAUAGACAUUGCAUCCAAGUACUGGAGAUUUAAGAUAAACGAUCACCUUUUUUAAAAGAACGGCAGUUGUAAACAAUGAUCAGUUGCUAACUUUUUUAUAGCAUGACAGGAGAUCCAGUAAAUUACACUGUCCUUUGCUCUACCAAAAGUAUUAUCUGGUCCAUUCCUAUUGUGUAAAUACUAAAGCACGGGAGACCUCUGGGUGAUCUGUAUGGCACCUGAAACUAGCUCCUACAGGACUGGCUGCUAUUUAAAAUACAGCUUAGAUGAACUCUCAGUGUUAAUAAGAAAGGAAAACUGUACAACAGGCCCAAGGCAUUGCAAGUAAUUAUAACGAGCUACUGCCACACACCUCAUUUUGAUGAUGAUGAUGCUAUCUGUUCAGUUGUGUCUGAUCCUCAGUGAUUCUGUGGGCCAGCGCUCUCAUUUUCCGAUCUUUUACAGCUUCUUUCUGUUGUUUUAUGCUCUGGUUGGUGUCAGCUUUGAUGGUGUCUAGCCACCGUGUUUUUUGGUGGCCUCAUUUCCUUUUACUACUGACCAUUUCGAAUAUAACUGUCUUUUCCAGUGAGUCUGAUCAUACAUGGCCAAAAUGAGGCAGAAUUUUGUGAUUUUGCUGUCUUUCAAAAGAAUUACACUUUUGCAUUUGGUCACUUUUCUAAUCCACUGCAAAAAUGGAAGGCUACAGCCAUUUGAUACAAUGCUCAGUAAUGUGCUGAGCACACUUGAAAGCAGUUUUUAAUGUGAAAACAUCACUUAUUCAAAAGUUGGAAUGCAUUUAUUUUUCAUUGGAUUUUGAAAUACUCAGUCUUCCAUAACCUGGUGCCUUCCAGAUGUGUUAAAAAUGCGGAGUUGUAGAAUCAGUACAAGACCCAUGAAAGGCAAAUAUAACUAUUGAGGUCAAUAGAAGUUGGUGCAGUGAUGCACUGUUCUGUAAUUGUAAUUAGUUUUCAGUAUGUUUUAAGGGAUAAUACCUAAAGCAUAGAUAACCUGUUACAGAUGUUAAGGGAUAGUACAAGAAAUAGUACAAGGGCAACUCCCUGUCUGUAAGAGCUGUCAGCAGUAGAACAGGCUACCACAUGAAACAGUGAGUUCUCAUUCAUGAGAGGCUGGAUGGUCAGCAGUGGCUGGGGAAUUCUGGGAGUUGAAGUCCAUACAUCUUCAAGUUCCUGAGGUUCAGAAACCCUGCUUUGGUGGAUUGUUCAGUGAGCAGAGACUUUUCUAAGGGGAAGAAGGUCUCUUCCAACUCAAUAAUUCUGAAAUUCUUGUAUCAAAAUGUCAAAGUAAAUCUUAACAACCAUACAACUGAUGUACUAAUAGUUCAUUACAAAUUCAUGAGUUAUUAAAUAACUGACAUAUUUUGUCAUUUUUCACCCUUAUCCCAUAUCAUUUGUGAAAUGAUUGGUUUACUGAUUAAUCACUAGAGCUAUGCGGUGGUUCAGAUUCAAUCCCCAAAUGGUGCUUUGGAGCAUGACACCUGUCUACAAUUCUUUAAAGCAUGUCCGUUCAUGGGUUUGCAGGGCAACCACAACCCUGAGAAAAGACACAGAAAUGCUAAAUAAUUGCAGACAGAAUUGUUUGCACCUACAGAGGCUCUGAAGCAUUUUGGAAACUAAAUCCGAAAAGAGCAAUUUUAUUGGCUGUGUAAUCAGCUCCUCUUCAGUUUCAGCUGUUAAAUUAGGUCAAAACUCAAGACUGUCCAAUCCUUGAAGAAAUAUGGGCUUGGAAUCUUCAUCAAAGUUUCAUUAUUCCUUUCUUAUGUACAAACAUUGUCUAAGAACAAGCUGCUAAUUUCUGUGGUGGAAAUGUGCCAAGUUUUUAAAUUGACCUAUGCAUACUGUGAAGGUUUUUUUUAAAAAAGCAUAGCUUUAGGAUUGACUAUUAUGGAUUCUCAGUUCAAUCACCUGAAAGAUAUCAAGCAAUGCAUUCUGGAUCUAGGCUUACAGAGGGAAAGGAGCAGAAUUUUUUACAGGUUGACAUUAGCCUUUGGAACAGACCUUUAUUUACUCCUAAGUAUUUACACAACAUUCUCACUGUCCUUCACAGGUGGUUUUAGGCUGUCCAGGCUUAAUCCCAUGCCAACAAGGCUUCUGGAAAGGAAGUAUAGCAAUCUUCCCUUCCCGGAACGAAUUGCAUGGAGGGUGUCAUUGAUUCAACAUCACACAUAUUGUUGUGCCAUACAUGAUGCUCUGAAUUAAUAUCACCCUUCCUUGUAAAUUGCUCCAAAUAUAUCAUGGAAUGUGUUGUUCUGUUAGUUGGCAAAUCCUUAGAAAUCUCAAAAAAGGUAGCAAAAUAUUGUUCAGUCAUGAUUGCUUCAGGAAACUCUGGGUAUAAUUAAAUUCUGAUACUGUUCCAUGUCAGAAGACAACUGUUUUUGUCUUUUAGCAUUUUACUUUAUUACAUGUUUGGUGUUUGAAAUUUUACAUGGAAUUUUGGUCUAUGACCAUAAAUUUGAUUAAUUUAAAAUACAAAUGUUUGUAAACAUUGGAAGAAAAAUAAAUAUCCAACAAUUUUCAGCAUGCCCUGGUAAUGCUCAAAAAGUCACUCACUUUGUUGAUAUGCACUUAGUAUACAUGGAAUUGCCAUGUAAUAGGAGGUGAUGCACACAUAUUUCCAUUAAAUCAAAAGUAUUCAAUUUUUUCCCAGUAAGUUGAGUUAAUCUUGUAACCAGUAUGCUGGUCCCAUGUGACCAGGAGGUGCACAGCACUAAUGUUUACAAAGGGUAGUUCAUUAAGGAAUGAGUGAGUUUUGUUAUGAAUCAUGCUAAUGCCACACCAUGUUAGCAAUUUUGGUGUAGGAAAUAACAGGGUCUUCCAUACACAUAUUGAAUUCACCAUUUAGCCCCACAAGGAACUUAACCUGAAUGAGCGUUGAAGCUGAUUCAACUGCACUAAUCUUAGAAUUCAUUCUACAUAUUUAGAAUGAAGAGUGAAACUGAUGCCAGGAUGAUCCACCCCACCUGCACCUCUUGUGCCACAGACUUAAUAUAUUGGUUAACAGAGGCUUACGUGAUAAAGUCCUUGUUUUGAUAGCCAUGUCAUUUGGCGUUUGAUUGUAUGAUCCUGUUAAUACACCCUAUCAUCUAUGCGCUCCUUGUGCUAUUAAAUGCCUUGAACAGUGUCUACUUUGGGGUACAUUUGGAAAAAAAGUUUUCAGAAAACAGAACAGGCAUGACAGGACAACAGGGAUAAUCAAGGACUGAAAGGAAGCUUUAGAAGAUGCCAAACGAGCUUUUCAAGUACCUGAUGGAGUGUGACAAGCUGAGUCAAGACCUGUCUCUGUAAUUCACAGGCAGAUGCCAGUUGAAUUUUACGGGUUUUUUUCUAACACCAAGUGAUUCAACACUGGAACCUAUUGCUAAGGGAGGCUCUUUACUAAGAUUAUUUUCUCGUUGUAUUCAAGCAAAGGUAUUUUAACUUGGAUUUCUGCAUAGAAGAGAGGAUUAGAUAAAAUGGCUUAAAAAGCCUUUUAGUCAUUGUUUGCUUUUCCUGUUUUUUAAUUUUCUCUUUAUUGUUGUACAUUUUUACACCACAAACAGUUUUAUCCAACACUAUCCAGGAAAGACGACAUAAUAUAAUUUAGUUUUUUGGCAAAACCAGUGACGUUAAUAAGGAUGGUUUAUAAGGAAAGGACUACAGUACUACAGUAGAUAGCCUACCUGAAAUUUUAAUAGCAUCUGUUACCAAACUUCCUCCUGGUUCAUUUUAUGGAAGACAGGCUGCAUUGGGUAAAGCACACUGAAAUCAUGGAUCUCGCUUUUGUUUUUCCUAUUUCAUCUGCUCUAUAAAACCUUUCAGGAUCCUAAGAUUUGUAAACAGGAAAUCUUCAGAAUAAAAAAUGGCUGGCUAUUAUGACA